AUAAUAGUACCAUCGCUAAAUUGUGAUUACACCUGAACCAAUAAUUAAACAAAAGGGUAAACCAUUUAAUAGUAAAUAUCGAAGGCCAUUUAAUCAACAAUUUAAUGAUAACAAUCAAGAGAGACACACUCACAAUCAACAGUACAAAGUAAAUCAAUGAACAGAUACAAUUGAAAAUUUUCAUUCUCAAUCAGAUUAACAGGAAUGAUGAUGAUGAUGAUGAUGAUAAUAAUAAUGUCCUUUUGAUUAUCUUCAUCAUCAUCAUAUUAUUACAAAAUAAUAGUAUCAUUAUUAUUGACUUAUCUUCAUCAUCAUCUCACUUUCAAUCCAAUUUCAUGUCUCCAAUCAGUAGUAAUCAUUAUCAUUUAUCUGAUGAUAAUGAUGAUUUUAUUAUUAAUUUACGACAAUUUAAUGAUCAAUAGUAACGAUAGUUAAUCAACUAAAUAGUUAACUAUGAACAAAGUGAUCAUCAUGUUAAUCAUCAUCACAAGGAUACCUUUUGAUUCAGAAGGCUUAAUGGAGUGUGGAUUACGACAAAGUGCUCGUGCCAAAGCCAAUCGACGUACAGCACGAGAAACAAUAUCAACAACAACAACAACAACAACACAAUCAACAGUUAAUAGUGUCACAACUAAUCAACUUAAUAGUUCAAUGGUUGAUUGGGCUCGUGAUAGUGAUCCGGAAAUGGAAAUUGAAAUAAAUAAUGCACAUGAAAUUAAUGGUCAGCAACAUUUAGCGGCCAUUGUCGGUGGUUCGUUUGCCGUUCCCGGUGAUUUCUGCUGGCAAUGUUCAUUAACACUCAAUGGAAGGCAACAUUGUGGAGCGACAAUAAUCAAUGAUCGAUAUGUAUUAACUGCGGCUCAUUGUUUAGUGAUUCCAGGUAAACGUGCAGUUAAAGUUGGUGGUUUGUUUUGGUAUAGUGGAGUUACUUAUCCAGUAACUCGGAUAAUUGUUCAUCCUGGUUACAGUUCAAACUCAAUGAAAAACGAUAUUGGAUUAGCUGAAUUAUCAGAACCAAUUAAAUUUACCAAUGGAGCUCGAAAUGGUAAUGGAGCAAUUUGUCCGGUUUGUUUACCUGAUCAGGAUCAAGAGUUCAGUGGUACCCUAGUAGCAUCCGGAUGGGGAGCUAUCAGAGAGGGUGGGAGUAAAUCUGAUAAAAUGAAAUGGGUUCAAUUGUCUUGGCUACGAUCAAAUAUAUGUACAGACGCUUAUCCUCAUUAUAAGGCCAAUACCCAAAUUUGCGCGGGUUUUAUUACUGGGGGACGAGAUACGUGUCAGGGAGAUUCGGGUGGACCUUUGGUAAAAUUUGCGAAAAUGAAACCAGAUGAGAAGGAGAAACGAGCCUUUCUAGUGGGCAUUGUAUCAAACGGAAACGGAUGCGCUCGACCGGGUUACCCUGGUAUCUAUACGAAAGUAUCAUCGUACUUGAGUUGGAUUCAAAGCCAUAUGACAAGGAGAUGAUGAAACUGAUAAUCAGGAUAAUUUUUUUCCUGUUUAAAUUGUUUAAUUUAGAGAGUAAGUGAAAAAUCAAUCAAAUUGUAUUAUAAAAACUGGUCAAGAUAAAUAAUCAACUUUUUUCCUUACAAUCAAAUAAUUGAUGAUAAUCAUCAUCAUCCCGAUUACAUUUGAAAUCAUCAUCAUCCGAUGAUGAUGAUGGUGAUUGUUAAUAUAUUUUUUACUAUUACAAUUAAAUAAACACACUAAAAGUG